UUCAGGAAGUGACGCAGUGGAGGUAAACAGAAACAGCAGGGACCAGCAGCAGUUGUCCUCCUGUCAACCAGCGGAUAUUCAGUGUUUUGAACGCAGUUCCGGAGUCCAGACGUUUUGUUGUGCCUUCCACCAUGUCUCCUUUACUGCCAGACAGAGCCAGUCUGACCGCUUCUGCGCUGUGUGCUGCCGUGCUGCUGCUUGCUAGCUUAGCUGGCCACGGGGAAUGCCAAUCAACUGCAUCGCCGGGUGUCCGAUGUUCCACCUACAAGAACUGUGACGGCUGCGUUCCACAUGCCAAGUGUCUUUGGUGUUUUGCCACCAACAACUGCACAGAUUACCCCGUGACCUGGUUGCUGCCUCCGGCAUCGCUGUGCCCGCUGUCCCAGGCCCGAUGGGGAGUGUGUUGGCUAAACUUUGAAGCCCUGAUCAUUGCGCUCGCAGUGGUGGCCGGAACCAUCCUGAUCAGCAUCAUGUUCUGCUGCUGCUGCUGCUGCUGCAAGACCCGUCGAUCAGGAUGGCCCGACAGAGAUGAGGAGAGGUUUGUCAGGAGGAGAGAGGAGAUCAGACAGCGCGCUGAAGAACGGAAGGUGGAGAGACAGACGAGACACGACGAGAUCCGGAGAAAAUACGGUCUGAUGGGGGACUCGGACCACCCCUACAGCAAGUUUGAGAACGAGUGAAGCAGCUGUGCUGGAGGACUGAGCUGCUCUCAUGUUUUCACUUUUAGCUUGAAUUGCCGCCUUUUUUCCCCCAUUUGACCCAAACCCUGAUGUUAAUGAUGCAGACUACAGCUGUACAGACCUAGAUCCGAUCACAAUCUCCACUUCACACAUGUUCAACAAUCACAAACCUGACAGGAGAGCAUUCUGCUUCUGAUUUGCUGUCUAGCUGCCUGUAAGGACUCAUGUUUUGUCCAUGAUGAAUAUGAAACUUGUUUUUAGAUUUUCUCCUAAUUUCUUGUGUUCAGAAAUGUUUUGUCUUUUUAAAUAUCCUACUUUCACAGCGGUCUUCGCACUUUGUACAUCUAGAAAUUACACAAUUGAAACACUGGCGUGUUCACAUAAAGAAAAGUUGUGUAAUACA